CACUCUUCUUAAAAGCCCUCUUUCGCUCUCUCUCGUCGUAGCCCUUUGCGUCUCUCUCUUAAAUACCCGGAAAAGUCUUAGCUAUUCGCUUCAAUUUCUCAAAGAGAGAGACUGCAAUCAUGUUGGUUUACCAGGAUCUCCUUUCAGGCGAUGAGCUUCUUUCUGAUUCAUUCCCUUACAAGGAAAUUGAGAAUGGAAUGCUGUGGGAAGUUGAGGGAAAGUGGGUUGUGCAAGGAGCUGUUGAUGUUGACAUUGGUGCUAAUCCUUCUGCUGAAGGUGCGGAUGAGGAUGAGGGUGUUGAUGACCAAGCUGUGAAGGUUGUUGACAUCGUCGACACCUUUAGGCUUCAGGAGCAACCUGCUUUUGACAAGAAGCAGUUUGUCGCAUUCAUAAAGAAGUUUAUCAAGAAUUUGACACCCACGUUGGAUGCAGAGAAGGCUGAAAACUUUAAGAAACACAUUGAGGGUGCAACCAAGUUUUUGCUUUCAAAGCUCAAGGACCUUCAAUUUUUCGUUGGAGAGAGCAUGCAUGAUGAUGGCUGUUUGGUGUUUGCUUACUACAAAGAAGGUGCUGUUGACCCAACAUUUUUGUACUUUGCCUAUGCAUUGAAGGAGGUCAAAUGCUGAGUUUGAAGUAGAAGUGCUUGCUAUAGUUCUAGUCUUUGUUAUUGCUUUGCCUUGUUUUCUAUCUCUUGUACUGGUAAAGACUAAAGGGCUCAUGGCUGCUGCUCUUUUGUUUUAAUUGUUGUUUCUUUGUCAUGGAAUGUUUUUAAUUUUAUGGGGUGACUAAAAUAACUUAAAUCAAUGUUCUAUUUAUCCUUAAUUUAAUUGGUGUGGUUGUUGGAUUGAUUUUUGGACAA